AUGAGUUCCACGGCAAGCAACAACCUAAAAUGGGUAUCGCUGGUCAUCCUGAUCGCCCAAACGACUGCUCUAGUGCUCAUCCUGAGGUAUUCAAAGACGCAGAAGGUGGAAGGACCUAAAUAUUUAUCCUCGACGGCAGUGGUGACUUCUGAAGUGGUGAAACUGAUUACCUGCAUCGUGGUUAUCUUCUACAACAACUGUAAGUUUUAUUCUCAAGUGUUACCGUUAUUUAGCAUGGAAGUACGAUGGCGUUUACCGAGAUUUGCAAAUGGACAUUAUCAACAGACCUAUGGACACGUUGAAAGUGGGAGUUCCAGCUCUUCUGUAUGUUAUCCAGAACAACUUGUUGUUCCUCGCUUUAAGUAUGUUGGAUGCCGCUACUUAUCAGGUACGUUUGUAUUCAGAUGGCUCAAUUAGUUUUUUAGGUAACAUAUCAAUUGAAAAUAUUAACGACGGCUUUAUUUUCUGUUUCAAUGUUAAACAAGAAGCUGAACAAACUCAAAUGGCUCGCUUUGAUCUUCUUGACUUGUGGAGUUGCUUUAGUUCAGGUAGGUUAUGUUUAAUACUUUGUGGGAAUUUGUGUUUUAUAUGAGUUGUAUUUAUUUUUUUACUUUAUAAACUAUAAAGUUUAACUUUUUUAUUUUAACUGAUUAUAUUAACUUGAUAUACGAUUACAGUUGCCGAAAGAUUCGGGUAAAGCUAAAUCUACUGAUUCAAACGGCUUCGUUGGCCUCGUAGCUGUGUUAUGUGCUUGUUUUUCGUCUGGAUUUGCAGGAGUUUACUUUGAAAAGAUUUUGAAGGGAUCAUCUGUCUCUCUUUGGAUGAGGAACUUGCAAUUAGGUAAGUGUAACAUGACAUUUCAUUUCAAAAGUACAUUUUUUAAAAUUAACCAUAUUUAAAGAUUUUAGUUAUGUGCUGUAAAUGAAGUCUUUUUUAGCUUUCUUCAGUGUGUUUGGAGGACUGUUUAUGACAUGGUUAUACGAUGGACAUGCCGUAGCUCAAAAUGGAUUCUUUCAAGGUUACAAUAAUAUAAUCUGGAUUGUGGUUAUGUUACAGGUUAGUGAUAGCUUUGCCUGUCAAAAUUGCACUAGAAUUCUGUUAUAACGUUGUUGACUGUAGCGGAAUGCAAUUAUAAAUGUACAUUGUGUCUAGUAAUACUAUAGCCAUAUUAUUGUAUUCCUUUUAGGCGUACGGUGGUCUUGUGAUUGCAUUGGUAGUAAAAUACGCGGAUAAUAUUCUGAAAGGAUUUGCUGUGUCAUUGUCGAUUAUUUUGUCAAGUUUCAUUUCUUGGUGCAUGAACGACUUUGACCCAUCAUUGUAAGUUUUUUCAUCUGUGUUUACGUUCUCAUAAAAGUCUUUAUAGCAUUUUUUAUGCAAAAUGGUAAUGUAUAGAGGUACUUAUUUUCGAUUUCAGAACGUUCUUUUUUGGAUCAACAAUUGUGAUUGGAUCAACCUUCUUAUACGGGUACGAACCUCCAAAGCCAAACCCAAUUCACGCAGCAUAA